UGGUGGGAAUUCUACUUUCACUUUAGUCACUGUCAAGAAAAUGUAAGAAAACCAUUAUGUCGAGCGACAAUAACGUCGAAGAAUCGACGGAAUACUCGAAGUAUGGAAUCAAGGAUGCCCCCAAGCCAGCGAUCGCCACUCCUCUGGGUCAGACCAGAACCUGCGCAGGGCUGGAUGCAAAGGAGACCAUAUUCCUGGUGGUCAGUAUUGCAAAUAUCUUGACAGCGCUGGGGCUGACUCUCUAUCGCUUCAUCACCGUCAUUGACGACGGCAAAUCAGACAGCUCUGAUUUUACAUUCGCACUGAUUCUCAUAAUAAAUGGAGUGUUCUGUAUAUUUUACGUAUUUCACGGACUGCUGCGAGAGAAGAAGUAUGAGUUAUACGUCUUGAUACUGGCUAUCCUUGUCGUACUGGUGUACUGCGUCGUGGAAUACAUCGUCAAUGUCGACGGACGGAGUACUCUCAAAUUGGUGCGGAUGAUUUUAGCCAUUGUCCUGGCUCCCCCCAACAUCGUCCUAGCCUGGUCAGUGGCCAGACACUUUGGUUAUCUAACCUUCAGAAUUGUCGGAGCAUCCGAAUACCUUCAGCAUCUAUACAAACAAGCCUCCAUUUUCUCCUCCAUGUUAAAGUUUGACAUACAAGUGACAGCAAGUUUUGUGAUUUUGGUUUUGAAAGAUGGAACAAAACUUGACGUGUUCCAGCAGGUGGCGCUGUCUGUGGGUCUGCCGUACUCCGUGUUGUGGAACAUCUUUGGUUGGUUCACUUUAAGAAGAGAAUGGAAGGCCGCUGCGUGGGUCUUUGCUUUCCUGGGUCUGGCCAAACCUACAUACUACAUCUACCAAAUCAUCCAGGAAUAUCAGAGACUGGAUGAAAAAGACACGGAUAAAGGAGAAAUCCUGGUCUACUCCACUCUAGUAGCAGGAACACUGGGUUUACUGCUGUGGAUAUUAAUUAUGAUAGAACUGAAAACUGUCUACACAAAUUUUGGGAAAGGGCUUAAAGAGAGAGCCUUUGAUGUUUUGGCGACAGAAAACACCAGCCUUAUCACAGGCAGAAGAGUACAUCGCUGACAGGCUGGACAGGGUACACCCAUAACAUGGGAAUUACAGAGCGGAUAUAGAGCAUAAUCACCAGUCGAUGCCAUAUUUUACUGUUUGUCAACAUGGCUGGUCCUUCUAAAAAAACAUUAUUUAGUCACUAUUCUUAUGCUGGGUACU